AUGGGGUCAUAUGUCACUGUAUUGACUGAGAGAGGGGGCGGCGUUGUAACAGUGAUGAGAGAGAUGAGAGAUGAACUGAACACAGAUGAACUGACUGGCAGAAGAGAUGACACUCUACUGCAAGGCAUGGCAACUAUCAUCACAGCUGCAAAAGAAGCAGAAGAAGAAGAAGAUGUGAUAAUGAGAGUGAUACUUCUGCAGCUCAUUGACACUGCUGUCUCUGCCUUCAACCUGGCUUUCUUGAUAGUCAUGAAGACUGCUGCUACACUAUGA